UUCUCAGACUUGGGGAAGGCUAAUGUUUCAACUGCUUAAAGCUUCAAUGCAAAAAGGACUGAGCCUCCCACUGUCCAGCACGCCUGGGAUGGGUAAUGGUGUGCAGGAAGGCUCUGUGCACCUGCGCGAGGAUGCCGAAGCUGUCCUAUCUGGGGCCGUCUCCUCAAAGAGAGACCACAGGCAAGUGCUCAGCUCCCUGCUGUCUGGAGCCCUGGCCGGUGCACUUGCCAAAACAGCAGUAGCCCCCCUGGACCGGACCAAGAUCAUCUUCCAAGUGUCUUCAAAAAGAUUUUCUGCCAAGGAGGCCUUCCGGCUCCUCUACUUCACCUACCUCAACGAAGGCUUUCUCAGUCUAUGGCGCGGGAACUCGGCCACCAUGGUGCGAGUGAUUCCUUAUGCUGCCAUCCAGUUCAGCGCACACGAGGAAUACAAGCGCAUCCUGGGCCGCUACUAUGGUUUCCGUGGAGAAGCACUGCCCCCAUGGCCCCGCCUUCUGGCUGGCGCGUUGGCAGGAACCACCGCUGCUUCCCUCACAUACCCUCUGGACCUGGUCAGAGCAAGGAUGGCUGUGACACCCAAAGAGAUGUACAGCAACAUCUUUCACGUCUUCAUUCGCAUCUCAAGAGAAGAAGGGCUGAAGACCCUGUACUUUGGGUUCACACCCACUGUUCUGGGUGUCAUUCCCUAUGCGGGACUCAGCUUCUUUACUUACGAGUCACUGAAGAGCCUGCACAGAGAGUACAGUGGCCGCCCGCAGCCCUACCCCUUUGAGCGCAUGGUCUUCGGGGCCUGUGCUGGCCUUAUCGGGCAGUCAGCCUCCUACCCUCUGGAUGUGGUGCGUCGGCGUAUGCAGACGGCAGGUGUCACAGGCCACCAGCACGGCUCCAUCCUGAGCACGCUGCGCUCCAUCGUACGUGAAGAGGGUGCGGUGCGGGGCCUCUACAAGGGCCUGAGCAUGAACUGGCUGAAGGGCCCGAUUGCUGUGGGAAUCAGCUUCACCACUUUUGACCUCAUGCAGAUCCUGCUGCGCCAGCUGCAGAGCUAGACCCACACAACAGUAGACGGUGAGCUGGCGGAUUGAGGGCAAUGCAGCCAUGUGCUGGUGGUGCCUUGAGGACGGGACCUGGCUUGGGGCUGCAGGACCCCCAUAGCAAGGUGCUGGCCCUCAGGGUGUGACAGUGAUGAUGGAUAUUGGCUGUGCCCCUCCCUUCAGUUCCUUGCUAGUGGCUGGUGAGUCUCCUAGGGCCAUUACCCAAAGGCCCCUAAGGGGUCAACUGCACUUCCUGGCCCUGUGUCCUCUGACCUGCUGCUGAUUCUAGUGCCCAUUGGCACACUGGGCUCAGAGCCCAUCCCUUGUUGCUAUGACCAUGCCUGGCCUGCAGAUGUGAUGGCCUUUUUUUCAAAGCCACACUCUGGAGGGUCACAGCUUGCUCAGUGGUGGCCGUACCUGUGUCCCUCAGUCCUCCACCAUGCCUGCCCAUCCUCUCCAGGUGACAGAUGGCUGCUCUUGCUCACAUAGCUUUUUCCCUAGAGUACUGUGCCCAUCUCAUUCCUGAGGGCUGCACCAGACCUUUGCCAGCUACUCGGCUUGUAACCUUUCCAAGAGGCCCUGCGGCCACCAGGCAAGGGGUCAGGUACAGACCCCGCUGGAGAUAUUCAUGUGGAAGUCUCUCACCUGGGAGUGUACCCCAAAGCACACCACCCAGGCCUCUUGCAGGCCCAAAGGCUCUCAUAUGCAUAGCACUCAUGGAGGUAGGGCUCAAGCUCUUGAAACUGCCCAACCCAGAACUCUGGGCCUCCUGUGGGUUCCUGGUCCCCACUGAGACAGUCAUUCAGCUAGGCCAAGUAAGGCCUAAGAUGGGUAGCCUUUCCUAUGUGAAUGAGUACAGAGGUAUCUGUGGCCUGGAAAGUAAAGAAAGGCCAGGGCACCUGGGGACCAACCAUCAGCCAGCUGACCCCAAGGACAACUCCCUGUGGUCUCCUAGGUGUCAUGGGAAUCUAAGGUCUCUCCUGAUGUCUGGGGUUCUUGAUUUAGAGCCUUUGAGACAGUUCUACCUAGUCAGAAGCCCUGGCUAGCCUGCUCCUCAGUUAUCUGGGCUAGCCUCUAACUUGCAGCAAUCCUCCUGCCUCUAGUUUCUAGUGUUCAUUUGUCCUGCCCCGGAUCUUCACACACAAAACCGCUGCCCUGUGCAAUUGGUUCUGGCUCAGCUGAGCUAGGUUUGCAUAGCUGGACGGCAGCAUCUCACAUGUAGGACCUGAGCAGUAUGGCUUGACCCCAGCUGUCUUCAGCCCUCCUUGCAGUCCUUGCUCUUUCAGUGUUUCUUACCUUGUGCCUGUGAUUCUUGGCCACAUCCCCGACUACUUUGCAGAUGGCUGACAGGCAUCCCAGCAGCCUGUGGUAGCUGAGAGAGACUGUCCUCUUCUGAGUGUUCUGCCUGGCCCCCAUACUGGGAUGGAGGCUAUGCACCCCACACCAGGAGGCUCCUGGGCCACCCCAGCAGGUAGCGCCAUGUGGAUGGUUGGGCCAAGCCCGACAUGGGGCAGCCGGCUGGGCAGGAGAGUUGAAGGUGUCAUGGGUUCCUGAUCUUCUUGUUUCCCCAUAUGCCUCCCAAGUAGGUUCUGGCCUGGGGGGCUCUUGGCCUCUGUGGCUGCCCUCUUCCAUGGUCAGUGUCUAGUACGGAAUUCUAUUUUGAUGCCAUGAAGACACUUUGUUUAUAUAUAAUGUUUAUAUAUUUUAAAGAUUUGUGCCAAGAGAGUAUAUUUAAUAAAAAUUUAAAUAAC